AUGACGUCUUCUACCUUGCGCCUUGCCGUCGCGUUGGCUUUGUCAACUUGCAGCAGUGCCCUAUCGAGCCAGCGAGAUGAUUCACUUGUGGUUCCAUUUCCUUUUGGCAAUCUUGAGGAUGUCCAUAUUGCCAAGCGGGAUAGCUCCAAGACAGUAGAAGCUCCUCUAGUGAUAUAUGGCGACAGCUACUGGAUGAACGCCUCAAUUGGAACCCCUGCGCAGUCACUAAGUUUCCUACUAGAUCUUACGCGCUCAAGGGUCGAGCCCGCAUACACCCUCGAUGAGAAUUACGAAUGUUCUGACGAUGAACUCUGCUCCGAAUUCGGCUUCUACAAACCCACCGAUUCAUCCACUUAUCAGCAUCUCACCUACACACAGAGACACGAUGCAGGUGUCGACUACUCCUACCUUGAUACCAUAACUCUUGGAGAUCACGCAACCGACAAUGUCCCACUGGACAUGUAUCUUUUGUCCUACAUUUCCUACAGCUCCCUCGGUCUCUCCUCCGUCAACACCAGCUUCCCCUACAUCCUGGUCGAUCGCGGCCUCACCACCUCCCCAUCCUUCAGCCUAAUCGGCGACAACGGAAACACCACCACCCCCAGCAUCAUCUUUGGAGGCAUCAACACCUCCAAAUUCAACGGGCCCCUGCAAGCCUUCUCCUUCGCAGACCACAGCAUCACCAACAAUCCAUUCGUCACCGUCGAAGCUGACUCCCUCCAACUAACCACCAACACCAACGAUAAUUCCACCUACCCUAUUCCCUCCUCCACCCCCAUGAUGCUCAGAACCGAAGAACUAAUCACCUACCUCCCCAACUCGACCGUCCAAUCCCUCUACACCGACCUUAACAUAACCAUGGACGGCGUGAUCUCCACUUCAAGAUUCUACGGGGUCCUUCCCUGCGCCCGCCAGGAAACCGAAUCUCACACAAUCUCUCUAGCCAUCGGCAACAUGACCUUCUCUGUGUCCUGGGAUGAGCUCUUCGUCCCGUGGACGCGUGACGGACUAUGCAAGUUCGGCAUUCAGGCCCAGGAUUCAGAUUACAAAACUCGUGCGGAGCUGGGUGUUCCCUUUCUGAGACGGAUGUAUGUCGCUGUGGAUUAUAAUAAUCAGUUUGUGGGCGUUGCGACGCUGAAGGAUGAUGAUGAUCAGAAUGGAGGUGAAGAUGAGAUUGUGGAGAUUGGCACUGGGACGGCGUUGCCUAGUGCUGUCGGGGAUUGGCCGGCUAGUGUUACGGCGUAUACGCCUGCUGCUUCUACAGGGACGGCGGCUGCGACGUUGACAUUCACGACGGCGACGUCUAGCGGGGGAGGUGUGGUGCCGACGGGUCUAUCAGAGUUGGGUAGGGCGUUUUUGGUGCCGGGGGUGCUGGGGAUGGCUGUUUUGCAGGCUGUUUAG